UACAGAAAGCAAACAAAAGUUUUAUCUUAACACAAAACGUACAAGGCUCCGAAAGAUACCUAAGAAAAUGCUUGAUUGGAUACAUGGAAACUCUCGGUUACCACUCGCUUUAUCUGUUGUGGAGCUUUUGGUAGAUAUGGAUUGCCAAGGAUGUGAAAAGAAAGUCCGAAGAGCUAUUUCCAAACUUGAUGGAGUGGAUACGGUGGAGAUAGACGUGGAUCAACAAAAAGUGACGGUCACAGGGUACGUUGAUCGGGAAGAUGUUCUUAGAAUGGUGAAACGAACGGGACGAGCAGCAGAGUUCUGGCCAUUUCCUUAUAAUGGAUAUUAUGGCGACUACUAUACGUAUCCUUCUCAAUACUUGGAACAACCGAUUCAGAAGAUAAACCAUGCAGAGAAUACUAUUUCAUACAAUGGCAAACACGACUUCUAUGACGACUCUUCUAUAACCGGUUAUAAUUAUCCUCGUCCACCACAAAAAGUUGAUGAAAAUGCUCUUCAUCUUUUUAGCGAUGAUAAUGUACAUGCUUGUGCUGUCAUGUGAAUUUUUGUAUUAUUUGUUUGUUUUUUCAGUUCAUUCAUUCAUUCAUUCAUUUUGUAAUCACAGAAAAUAAAUAUCGUAUUCUUUUUUG